AGUAGACGUAGAUUGUCUUUCGGCGUGGCCGUGUUUACAAGCUGCUGGUUUACACGGUGUGUGCGGCGUUGUACCGUAAACAAAUAAUGAAAUAAUUCUAAUAAGGUUACGAUCCAUUUAUGGUUUCAUUUGGAAAUGAUCAGAUAAGCAGUAAACGCAUUUUUCGGGGAAUGUUCGAGUCACCUGUAAAGGUGACUAUGAAGGGCGAUGAGGCUGUAAGGGUACCUGCAUACUUCAUAUCAAAACAUGAAGGCUUUGUUGGAAGCAUCAAAACCUUCAUGGAGGACUUUGUUGUCACAGAGAUCGACAUUAAUGGACAGAGGGUAAAAACAGCUCAGAUCAUGCAGACAGCAGGAGGCGCCUCCUCACAGCAAAACCAAAUGAAAGCAGAGUCAAAGGAGAACCUUUACUGUUCAGGCUCAAAUGAUGCUGAAGUUUCAUCAGACUGGGGGGCAGGUUCAGACACCCCUCUGCCCUCUUUAGGAAGCUUUGAUUUAGAUGUUAUUUUAGGUCCUUCUGUGAGUGAAGAUCUGGAGCAGUUUGUGAUGACCCUACGAGAAAAAAGGCCAUCUGGUCCAGAACUCUCUCUGGGCUCCUUCUCUGACAAGCACCAGAGAGCCAACGUCCACCGGGCCGUCCGCCACCGCUUUCCCUUCCUCUUGACUGUCACCAUCCAGCCAGAGAUCAGGGUGAGGGAAGACCCUGACUACAGGGAGCUGGCCAGACUGGUCAGAGAGGAGGAGGCUGAGGACUUCUUCAGGUUCAUUGACGCCAAGGUGAGAGGGUCGUCUUACACUUUUGGACCGGAUGACAGCAAGGAGCACAGGACUGCGGUUCACCACUUUCUAAAUAGAAGGUUUGGGAAGCUGGUGGAGACAAAGAGCUUCAGCAGCCAGGGGAGAACGUCCAUCUCAGUUAGGCUGAGAGAGCAUGGCAAGCCCAAGAAGAGAACAGCAGAAGAACGCAGAGAAGAAGACAUUUAUACAGCAUUCACGCUGUGCAAAGAGAAUCUGGAGACUUUGGAAGCCAUCAGCUACAUGGCAGCUGCUCUCGGGGUCCUGCCGUCAGAUUUUACUUACGCUGGCAUCAAAGAUAAGAGAGCCAUCACCUACCAGUCUAUGGUGGUCAAAAAGGUCUCGUCUCAGCGGUUGAAAGAGAAAGCAGGAGAAUUUGAGAAGAGAGGGAUGCGUCUGUCUCAGAUCCGCUCCGUCGGCGAGCCUCUAAAGCUGGGGCGACUGCGGGGGAAUCACUUUGACCUUGUGGUCCGCAACCUUAGACCACACGGAGCUUUAGACGGACAUUUGGCCGACGCUGAUGUUCACGCUCGGCUGGCAGCUCUCAUAAAGGAAGCAGUGGAGAACGUAAAGAGGAGAGGUUUUGUCAACUACUACGGGCCGCAGAGGUUUGGAAGUGGACAGAGUGUUCUGUCUGAUCAAGUAGGAUUGGCUCUGCUCAAAGAGGACAUGGUCAGCGCCGUACGGCUGUUCUUUUCUCACGAGGAAAAUGAGGAACCUCAGAGCGUUGCAAAGAGACAUUUCCUCCAAACAAAUAAUGCAAAGGAGUCUUUGGCGCUGAUGCCCCUGUCCAAGCCCAGGGAGCGGCUGAUGCUCCGCGCUCUGAAUCGCUACGGUAACGGCCCGGAUGGUUGCGUCCAAGCGUGGCUAAGUCUGCCCCACAGCAUGAGGAUUUUCUACCCUCAUGCCUAUUGCAGCAGGGUGUGGAACGAAGCAGCGGCAUACAGGCUCUCCACUAUGGGCCUUGGUGUCAGAGAAGGCGACCUGGUUUGGACACAGAGAGAGGAAAACAAAGCAGAGGAGCCUGGAGAGGCGGCUUCUCCACAGGUCCAUGUGGUGACACAUGAGGAGGAGCAAGCAGGAGUAUAUUCACUAGAACAAGUGUUAUUACCAAUGCCAGGAAACUCUGUUAAAUAUCCAGAAAACGCUAUGAGAACCUGGUACCAGGAGAGACUGGCAGGAGACGGGUUGGCAGAAUGCCGCUUCAGAGUGAGCAGCCUUAAACUGAACCUUCCUGGCUGCUACCGCCCCCUGCUGGCCAUCCCACACAACCUAAGCUACCAGCUACAGAGAGCAGCCUGCAGCCGUGGCGCAACAAAUCAAGAAUCAGCCAUGGAGUCUCUAAUACUCAGCUUGAACUUUGACCUGGAUUCCUCUUGCUAUGCCACUAUUUGCCUCCGAGAGAUCAUGAAGUGUGAGGUUUGAAAUCAAAAGUUAAAGCUGUUCUAUUUCUUUUUUUUUAAACUGUUUUGUUCGGUGAUGUUGUAUUAAAAAGCAUGAUAAUGAGUUGAGGUUGACAAACAUGAACUUUAAAUGUUAAAAUGUUGACGUUUAUCCUUUGUGCUGUUAU